UUACCACCAUUAGAUUCCAUGUGAAUUUACGGUAGGUUGCUUGCAGAUUCACGUGUCAGAAAGCCUCUAAACGGUGAAAAAAAAAAAAAAGGAAUUACCCAAACUACUCAAAGUUGGUUCAUUCAUGGUCAUACUAAUUUCUUGCAUUUUUCCUUUUCUAAUUCCCCCCCGUUUGUUCAUUUUCUGCUGCCACUCCCUGUGGGUCAACGUUUUCUCUUUGAGAUCUCUUCAUCUUUAGGAGGCCCAGUUUUUGAACAGUGAAACCAAUAUAUGAUCCGCUUCCAGACCUGAAGAUUUUUCUUGUUUGAAGAAAUAAGAAGUAGAAAAAUACCUCUUCUGUGAGGAUUUUUCUUGAGUUUGGUUUUUAUUCUUUGUUGAGACCUUCCAUCCAUCAGAAGUUUGAAGAUGCAGGAGGAUGAAAAGCUUGAAGAUCCCUCUGGCAAAGAAGCUGUGGAAGAGGAUGAACCCAACAGGGGGGUUUGUGAGUGUCUCUGCAUUCCCGUUCACUGGUUUAAAAUGCUCUCGAGGGAGUUGCAUUGGAGUUUUGUAGUCGGUGUCGUCGCUGUGUAUGGAAUCAGUCAGGGCCUAGGUGGAGCUCUCUCGACUGUUGGAACAAAGUACUAUAUGAAGGAUGUUCAGAAGGUUCAGCCAUCUGAAGCACAGGUUUAUGCUGGAAUCACAUCCAUUCCUUGGAUUGUCAAGCCUCUUUGGGGUCUUCUCACUGAUGUUCUCCCAAUUCUUGGAUACCGCAGACGACCUUAUUUCGUAUUUGCUGGGUUCUUAGGGGUGAUCUCUAUGCUUCUGUUGUCUUUGCACAAAAGCCUGCAUCUUGUUUUGGCUCUUUUGUCACUGACAGCUGGAAGUGCUGCGGUGGCUAUAGCUGAUGUGACAAUUGAUGCGUGUGUGGCACAGAACAGUAUCUCUCAUCCCUCUCUUGCUCCUGACAUGCAAAGCUUAUGUGCCUUCAGUUCUUCUGUUGGAGCAUUAAUAGGAUUCUCCAUUAGUGGCAUCUUUGUUCACCUUAUAGGCCCUAUGGGGGUGUUUGGUUUAAUGACAAUCCCAGCUGGACUAGUUUUUUUGGUUGGAUUUAUACUUGAUGAACCUCGCAUUCCUGGCUUUGCUUACCGACAGGUCAGCCAGAAGUUUAUUGACGCUGGUAAAUCUAUGUGGACAACAUUAAAGAGUGACGAUGUAUGGAGGCCUUGUUUAUAUAUGUACUCAUCCUUUGCUUUGAGCUUGAACAUCUAUGAAGGAAUGUUCUAUUGGUACACAGACUCAAAGGAUGGGCCAUCUUUCUCUCAGGAGAAUGUGGGUUUUAUGUAUUCAAUUGGUUCAGUGGGCUCCCUGCUAGGCGCAAUACUAUACCAAUAUGCUCUGAAGGAUUAUGCAUUUCGAGACUUGCUCUUCUGGACUCAGUUGUUUUAUGGUUUGUCAGGCAUGCUAGAUCUGAUUCUGGUCUUGCGGUGGAACUUGAAAUUUGGCGUACCGGAUUAUUUCUUUGUCAUCAUUGUUGAGAGUGUGGCUCAAAUGACCUAUAGACUCAAGUGGAUGCCUAUGCUUGUACUCAGCUCAAAGCUUUGUCCCUCAGGAAUUGAAGGCACAUUCUUUGCUCUGCUUAUGUCAAUUGAUAAUGCUGGGCUUCUGUCGUCCUCAUGGGGAGGAGGUUUCUUACUCCACAUUCUGAAGAUAACGCGAACACAGUUUAAUAAUCUCUGGUUAGCUACUUUGAUCCGUAACAUAUUGAGAAUUACUCCUCUUUGCCUGCUAUUUUUGGUGCCAAGAGCUGAUCCCAACUCUUCCAUUCUUCCUAGUGAGAGCUUAAGUUCAAAAGAGGAUCAUGAAAGUUCAGAACCUGAGAACAUUGAAUUGGUCCCCUUUGUGAACAGCGUGGAUGGCAAGUAGCCAAUGCAUAGAACAAUCUGAAUUUUCAUAUUCAUGAAAACUAGCGAGCGAAUUAUUGCUUUUUAUCAUCAUACAGAGAAUGAAAUUGAGGAAAGUUUUAGAGCGGCAUGUCUUGUGUGGUUCUUGCGUUUCCCUGUAAGUUAUGUGACGUCUCAUAUCCAACGUCCCAGCGGCACAAUUCAGUUUGUUACCCUGUUUCAACCAAAGAGUUAGAAAGAAGAGGCCAACAUAAGUCGUAAGCCCCUCCAAGAGGCAACAUUCCUCGGAUUUAUGCGUCAAGGAUGGAGCAUGAUCAUAUGAGUCUUUGUUAUCUUGAUCAUAACCUAUUUCUGAAUUAACUGCGGGUACAGGAAUUGUGGAUUAAAUAUUAAGGGAAAACAAUACAAGUGGAAUAAUAGACAGGGCAAAAAGUGAGACAAAAGUGGCGCUUUUAUUAAGCCCUUGAAUAGGUAGCACUCCUUAUGUCAUUAUAAAGAAACCUUGCCUGUUUUUGGGCGUUUAUUAUGAUAAAGGGUAGUCAUAUAAACUCUUAUUGCUCUCCUGUCUAUAUUCAUUCAACCAAUAGGAUUGGUUUAUGCCGGAAAAAAAAAAAACAAUAGGAUUGGUUACUUAUAGUAUAAUUUUUCCAACAAAAGACGAGAAAUUAUUGUUUAUGUAGUUUCCUUAUAAAAGAUUAUGUAGUGAAAUAAAAGAAAGCAAUUUUUUAA